CUAGCCGGCACGCGCAGGCGCACAAGUUCAUGGGCGCUUGGAUCUUGAGUCGGCUUCCGGUCUCCAGUCCUCUCUUCGGAUCCUUUUCACCCGAGUGGGAUCCGCCCCCGGGAGCGGGUGGCAGGCAACAUGGAAAAAGCUAAAGAUGAUGAACAGAGCCCAAGUGAGGCAUCUCCUCCAGCCCAGGCAGGGCCUGAACCUAUCCCUGGGGCAGCGUCUGGGGAGGAGGGCCAGCUGCUGUAUCACGAGGAGACCAUUGAUCUCGGUGGAGACGAGUCUGGAUCCGACGAAAAGGAGCCCUUGUCCGAAGACUCUCGCCGCUUCGUAGAUAAGCUGAACGAGCACAUGAUGGAGAGCGUGCUCAUCUCCGACUCUCCCAACAACAGUGAGGGUGACGUGAGUGACCUUGGCUGUCUGCAGGAUGUUGCCGAGCCCCCAGGAGGCGCCACUGAUGGCAGGCUGCCCAACGCCACAGACAGAGAAGGGGUGGACACUCUGAGCAAUGGCAGUGAAACCGAUGGAGAUGAUACACCCAGAGACGUUUCAGACAUGACACCCGAUAGCAGAGCAUCUCUGAAAGAAGACUCAAUGCGGGAAGAUGUGCCGAGCAUGCCUGCGCUGGAGAACGCUGGCAGGGAGGAUGUAGGGCCCAGGGAUGGCCAAGCUCACCCAGAGGAGCAGAUCUCAGAAGCAUCAUCCAGUCUGUCCUCCUCCAAAGACGAGCCCGUACCUGUCUGCACCAUCUUCAGCCAGGCCACCUCCACUCCCUCCCAGCCGCACUUGUUUCUGCAGGAUGGCUUCGAAUCCCAGAUGGUGAAAUCUCCAAGUUUCAGUAGCGCCAGUGAGACAUCAGCCAAGACCCCUCCUCCGAUGGUCCAGCCCAGUCCCAGCCUGAGUACAUUUUUUGGAGAUGGUGUGAGCUCCAAUUCCUUGGCCUCUGACUUCUUUGACUCCUUCACAACUUCUACUUUCAUUUCGGUCAGUAAUCCCAACGCAGGCUCCCCAGUUCCAGAAAGGCUAUCUUCACUCGCUGCCCCUGUGGGAGAAAAGUCGCCAGAAUCCACCAGCCCCUCUUACUCUACGAGGGUGGAAAGAUCGGAAUCAGGUGUUUCCCCGGCACCUCUGGAGUCUGAGUCUCCAAAGCCAUUCUCACAGAUCCAGGCUGUGUUUGCCGGCAAUGAUGACCCCUUCGCCACAGCCCUGAGCAUGAGUGAGAUGGACCGGAGAAAUGAUGCAUGGCUCCCCAGCCUGGAGACCAGAGAGGUCCUGAUGAAGGUGGCGACCCAGCAGUAUGGCACCGUGUUCAUAGACAAGGAGAACCUCACCAUGCCUGGCCUCAAGUUUGACAACAUUCAGGGAGAUGCAGUUAAGGACCUGAUGCUUCGCUUCCUGGGUGAGAAGGCUGCAGCGAGGAGACAGGUGUUAACCGCCAGCUCCGUGGAACAGUCUUUCGUGGGCCUGAAGCAGCUCAUUAGCUGCAGGAACUGGAGGGCAGCGGUCGACCUGUGCGGACGUCUGCUCACCGCCCACGGACAAGGCUAUGGCAAGAGUGGGCUGCCCACCAGCCACACCACGGACUCCUUGCAGCUCUGGUUUGUGAGGCUGGCACUGCUGGUGAAGUUGGGCCUUUUCCAGAAUGCUGCGAUAGAAUUUGAACCCUUCGGAACUCUGGACCAGCCAGACCUAUACUAUGAAUAUUACCCACACGUGUACCCGGGACGCAGAGGCUCUAUGGUCCCCUUUUCGAUGCGCAUUCUGCAUGCAGAACUGCAGCAGUAUCUGGAGAACCCACAGGAGUCCUUGGACCGACUACAUAGGGUCAAGAUGGUCUGCAGUAAGAUCCUGGCCAACUUGGAACAAGGCUUAGCUGAAGACGGUGGCCUGAGCAAUGUCUCCCAGGAGAGCAGACAAGCCUCUGUUCAGCUGUGGAGGUCACGACUGGGCCGUGUGCUGUAUUCCAUGGCAAACUGUCUGCUCCUGAUGAAGGACUAUGUGCUGGCCGUCGACGCUUACCGCGCAGUGAUCAAGUACUACCCAGAGCAGGAGCCGCAGCUGCUGAGUGGCAUUGGCCGUAUCCUCCUCCAGAUUGGAGACAUAAAAACAGCUGAAAAGUAUUUUCAAGACGUUGAGAAAGUGACGCAGAAGUUGGAUGGACUACAGGGUAAAAUAAUGGUUUUAAUGAACAGAGCCUUUCUGUACCUCGGCCAGAAUAACUUUGCAGAAGCUCACAAGUUCUUCACAGAGAUCUUGAAGAUGGACCCAACAAACGCAGUGGCCAACAACAAUGCUGCUGUGUGUCUGCUUUACCUGGGCAAGCUUAAGGACUCGCUGCGGCAGCUGGAGGCCAUGGUGCAGCAGGAUCCCAAGCACUACCUGCAUGAGAGUGUGCUCUUCAACCUGACCACCAUGUAUGAGCUGGAGUCCUCAAGGAGCAUGCAGAAGAAGCAGAGCCUGCUUGAGGCCGUCGCCAGCAAAGAAGGGGACAGCUUCAACACACAGUGCCUCAAGCUGGCCUAGUUCCCAACCAGGUCUCUGUACCCAGCAGACACUCGAGCAGAUGGAUCAGUAAACGCAUGUGAUGGGUGGGUAGGAGCCUGCCUUGAGCUGGGGCUCCUCGCACACCCACCGUCCUGCCUACCGUGCAGUUCCUACAGUACUGCCUGUUGACGAAGGUGGACUCUGUGAUAGCAUUUCAGGGGCAGGAAACACAAUACACUGUGGGUUCCUUUGGUUUAUUCCUGGAAGUUAACCUGCUCAUGUAUCACUUCUGAAUACUCACAGAAUGUAUAUAUUACAUAUGUACAGAUGUAUAUUAGUGCCUGUUCUCACUGUAGGCCUAAAUGAUUACAGUUGUCUUCCUUCCACACAUCCCAAGCCGAAGCAUCCCUUUGCUCACUUCUGGCCUGACAAGCCACCCUGGAUGGCCUGGGAUGGGUUGCGAGCCAUCAGCAUACUCAGAACACAGCGGGGACAAGAACCAUCUCAGGCCAGGCGUAGCGUCUAUGCAUCCCUGUGUGCCUGGAAGUCAGGACGUGUGCUUAACGCUUGUCUACUUUUUCCACUUUGAGAAAUGUAAAGCACCUGGAAACAGCUUUGGGUACCCAGCUUUCCCCAUUCAUGGGAAAACACUCGCUUUAAAAGCAGAGUACACAACCUUGGGGUGCAACAGAACACAACUUCGGCCUAGUUCCAGCUCAGCUCCAUAAACAGAAUGUCUGUGGGACAAAGCAAA